AUGACAAGUGGUGUUUCUGGAGGGAAGAAACCCACAUUAUGCCGAUAUUUUAUGAAUGCAGGUUCAUGCAUUUAUGGUGAUGAGUGUCAAUUUUUUCACCAAAAUCCCAGAUCUGGUGUAGGGUUUCAAAAGCCAUUUGCGAACGGUCCUUCAUCGUCAUCACAGGAAAAUCAAGCAGGACCUUUCGAUAUGAUGGGAAAUAAUGGAGAUCAGUAUUUCAACGCCACCUUUGAGCCUGAAAAUGGUGGAGCUGAUUUCAUCCCAUUUCCAGUAAGACCUAAAAUGAAUUUUGUUUUACAGCAUUCUCGACCUAUAUCAAGAACACAUAGAAACAUGGGCAAUCCUAUGCCACCCCAGGGUAUGAAGCCCCCCUUUGGACCCCCUCCUCAAGGUCCUCCAGGCCACCCAGGACCUCCAGGCCCAAAGAUGGAAGGCCAAAUACAGAGACCUGAUGGUCCUGGUCAUGGAAUGGAGAGACCCAAUCAGAUGAUGGACGGAUAUGGUCCUAGAAUGAAUGGACCCGUAUCUAUGAUGGAAAAUCCCAAUCCCAAUGGGGGUCCCCCUAGGGCUGGCCUAAGGAUGGAUUCCAUGCCCACAGAUUUUGCUGCCCUUAAUCUGUCAAUUCCAAGUUCUAAGGGACCAAAUCCAAUAGCGAAUGAAUUCAUUCCUAAGAAUGGACCUCUAACACAUAGUGCAAGCUCUCCUAACUUCUCCACGUUUUCCGAUGGGAUGGCUACUGAUGGCUCUGGAAACAAUCACAUGAUGAACAACCCUAACGUGAAUCACAUGUCACAGCUUGGGGGACAAAUGGGAAUACCUCCCCCUAGUGGCCCAAUGAUUCCUCCCCAUACUGGUGCUCAGAUGUCCAAUACGCCUCCCCCUUCACACCUGUCCACCACAGGAUACGCAGCCAGUCCGAACCAUAGUCCACAUUUAUCUCCCUCCAACUCACCAUUAAUGUUACGUCGCACAGCCUCGCCUAUAACACCGCUGAAAAAUACAACGCCUAAAAAGUCAGCAAAUACGACAAUACAGGAAAAUGUAGGUGGCACCACAUAUUUUUACUCGCCAGAAGAUUUCACCCCACAGCAUGAAGGAGCUGCCCUGCCCAACUUUUCUGUAUUUCCAAGUCUCCCACCUCAUAUUGCACAUAUGACUGUAAAGAAGAAUAUGCCACAAUUCUUCAUGCCAGAUGAACUGAGAGUGGAGAUCCUGAACCGUCAUGCUUUGACCAUGGCCCAGAUUGAUACUAGUGCAAAUCCAGAUAUCCCUGUGGAGGUAGAUACCUACCACAACUUAUUUCCACUGGAGCCUCCUCCCACCAACCCCAUGCAGAAGUCGAAUAGAUUUAGCUACCCAACCACAUGCUACAAAGCUGUGAACACUAAGGAUGGUCUCACCUACUGUCUCAGGAGAGUGCAUGGGUUCCGACUAUCCAACACUAAGUGUAUGAGUAUCAUUGACAUGUGGAAGAAAAUGUAUCAUCCUAACAUUGUACAGCUGAGGGAGGUCUUCACCACCAAGGCCUUCGGAGAUAAUUCUAUCGUCUUUGUGUAUGACUACUACGCUGGAGCAGAGACUUUGAUGGCACAUCACUUCCACAAUGCUGGUGCCAUGAACAGCUACCAUGGUAGCAUGGAUGGAUCUUCGCGCUCAUUCAACUCUAGUCAUGGAGGAGGUCCAGGGGGAGGGGCAGGUGGUAAAGGAAAUGUGAAUGGUCCGCGUCAACAUGCAGGCCUGCUUCCUGAAAGCCUCAUCUGGGCAUAUGUGGUGCAGCUAAGCUCGGCCCUUAGAGCUAUACAUGCUGCUGGACUGGCCUGCAGGACUAUGGAUCCCACAAAGGUCCUUAUCUAUGGAAAGUCCAGGUUACGGCUCAACUGUGUUGGUAUUCUGGAUGUCCUCACCUUUGAUAGCACCAAUGGCAACCCGAUGGCUGUCAUGCCUCAUUACCAGCAAGAUGACUUGCUCUUCAUGGGACGUGUGGUUUUGGCACUGGCCUGUAACACUGUAAUGGCAAUUCAGCGUGACAGCUUCCAGAAUUCGAUGGAACUCAUAGCUAGAAACUACUCAGCAGAUUUGAAGAAUCUCUUCUUGUAUUUACUAGCCAAUCAGAAUCGGCCAAGGAGCAUCAACGACAUCAUGCCAAUGAUUGGUGCGAGGUUUUACACUCAGCUGGACUCUGCCCAGCUCAGAAGUGAUGUGAUAGAGACAGAGUUGGCCAAGGAGGUAGAGAAUGGUCGAGUGCUCCGACUAAUUUGCAAGUUUGGGAUUAUCAACGAAAGGCCAGAAUUCAACAUGGAUCCACAGUGGUCAGAAACAGGAGAUAGGUACAUGUUGAAACUUUUCCGAGAUUACCUGUUCCACCAGGUAGAUGAGAAUGGGGCCCCUUGGAUUGACAUGGCCCACAUUGUACAGUGCUUAAAUAAGCUGGAUGCUGGUAUACCAGAGAAGAUCUGUCUUAUGUCUCGUGAUGAGCUCAGCGUACUAGUGGUAUCGUACGCAGAACUGAAACAAAAUUUUGAGCAGUCAUUUAACGAUCUCUUGGCAGUUCGCCACCAGAAUGGGGCCUACUCUUAG